GGACUCCAACACAACUUAAGCUCCUCCUCUUGACUACUAACCACGCCUACUAAACGCCUUUCACCAUGAUGCGUGAUGCCCGUUCGGUGUGUUCACCGAGCACACCGCCCUACUCAUCAUACCCGCCUCACUCCCCCUACAUACGCCGCCUUUCACCACCCGGCAGCCCCGCCCCUAAAAAAUGCUGCUACGAACACAAAGACGCCCACAACGGAGUAGGCGAGGCCUCAUUCCUCUGUUGUUGCUACACCUGCCCCAAACGCUCAUCCACAUCAGUUCUAGCUACAAUGGCAGUAUGUUGCCUUGUUUUAGGUUACACCAUCCUCGGGGCGUUCGUAUUCAUGGCUCUAGAGGGCGGGUUCAAUCAACAUGACACAUCAGUAGCAGCAUCAAAAUCCGCCCCUAGUAGCAACAGCAACACCCACACAGUAACCAAUUCACAUUCCACAUCAAUUUCUUCUAAUUCUCAAAUUAAUUCUAAUUCGAAUACGAAUGGGUUGUCUACGAUUGGGUUUCAAAGUGGGGGCGUGGCUAGUGGAGGCGGGGCUGUGGGUACUGCUAGUGGGAUGAAUCAAGCUAAUAGUAAAAGGAGUGGGAGUGGCUUAGUGGGGGAUUUGAGAUCACAAACUGUGGAUAGAUUGUGGUCAAUCACAGAAAACUUGAAUAUAUUAUACAGAGAAAAUUGGACACGCCUCGCCGCGGAGGAGGUGAUGGAGUUUCAGGAGGCGUUGUUUAGGGCGUUACGGAAUGGGGAUGGAUAUAUCAGCGAUGGGCACUUUUUGUAUCAUCAACCUCCUCAUCGAUGGACUUUUAGUUCAUCUUUUUUGUAUUCGUUGACUUUGAUUACUACAAUUGGUUAUGGAAGUGUCUCGCCACGCACCUCCUGGGGCAAGCUGGUGACGAUAAUUUACGCGCUGGUUGGAAUCCCCCUGAUGUUGCUCUAUCUUUCUACAACGGGUGAUGUGCUAGCGAGGAGUUUUCGCCGGUUGUAUGGAAAAUUGUGCGGUGGCAGCGCUGCGAAUGGUGGAGGCGCGGUGGGUGCCGGUGGAGGCGCCGGGCAGAAGCAGCCGCAAUGUCCAUGCAACGCGCGCGUCAAAGUCCCUGUCACGCUAUGUCUCGUCAUCGUCUUGCUGUAUAUCUGUUCCGGAGCGCUGCUGUUUCACCGACUAGAAAAUUGGAGUCUUUUGGAAGGAUCAUACUUUUGUUUUACUUCAUUAGGUACGAUUGGUUUCGGCGAUUUACUCCCUGGUCAACGCGCUGAGGAUGUAUCCCUCUGCGCAUGCUCCGCAUACAUAAUGACAGGAAUGGCUUUGGUAGCCAUGUGUUUCAGUCUGGUACAAGAUGAAGUCCUGAAUCUUUUACGAUUAGUCGGAGCAACUUGUUCGAGAACAAACGAUAUGAUUAAAGACGAAGAAACGCAUGGUGUGUCAUCCUGACAACGACCAACUACAGAGGGCGCGCCUAUCGUCAAAACCCCGCCUGCUAUCAAGAAAAUCCCGCCUCUUUUACACCACAACAGUUUACCAAGAAAAAGUAAUUUUCAACGAGGUGCACCAGCAAGAAGAUCAGCAGGGGCGGAACCAUUGAUUGAGUACUUUGUACCACGCAGCGUAUCAGAGUUUGAUUUAUCAAUGGGUGGUGAUUUAUUCCCGCCUAGUAUCCCUCAACAUGACUUAAUCGAACUACAAAAUCAACUCCCAUUGGCUGUGCGUGCGCAAUACGUACGUAAACUCCCCCCAA